ACCCCAUGGAAGUUUUAGCUGAUGGAAGUCAACAAAAUAGCUAACGUUAGCUUGCAAAAGUAACCAACUACCGUUGAGCACCACACUUGGUGGAUUAGGAUGUUGAGACUGGCAUGGCGUCAGUCGACGUCCAAAAAUAGCCGCGUACAGCCUGCACGCCUUUUAACUGCAGCUUUUUCGGGAGCGGACAGUCAACACCAACACUCAGGGGGUAACAUUAGGCGCUUCAGACAAAUUCCCCACCCACCAAGCGAUAAGCCACCGGUCCAGCACCGUCCCCAGCCGGCCUACUACCACAGUUCAUCUGUCUUAAUGAGCAUGGCGUCAGGGGGUGAAGAGUCAUCAUCCACCCCUCACAAACACACCAACAGGUUAGCCAAAGAGAGGUCACCCUACCUGCUGCAACAUGCACACAAUCCUGUGGACUGGUAUCCAUGGGGACAAGAAGCUUUUGAUAAGGCAAAGAAUGAAGACAAACCGAUCUUUUUAUCAGUGGGAUACUCAACCUGCCAUUGGUGCCAUGUUAUGGAGAGGGAAUCUUUUGAAGAUGAGGAAAUUGGCAAAAUCAUGAGUGACAACUUUGUCUGCAUCAAGUUAGACCGAGAAGAGAGACCUGAUGUGGAUAAGGUCUACAUGACCUUUGUGCAGGCAACAAGUGGAGGUGGAGGGUGGCCCAUGAGUGUGUGGUUGACUCCUGACCUUCGACCUUUCAUUGGAGGCACCUACUUCCCUCCCAGAGACCAUGGAAGAAGACCUGGGCUCAAAACGGUUCUCACCAGAAUCAUAGACCAGUGGCAGAACAACCGUCCUGCUUUGGAGUCCAGUGGUGAGAGGAUCCUUGAAGCUCUAAAGAAAGGCACGGCCGUCGCUGCAAACCCGGGAGAAAAUCCUCCACUGGCUCCAGAUGUUGCUAAUCGCUGCUUCCAGCAGUUGGCGCAUUCCUACGAGGAGGAGUAUGGUGGCUUUAGAGACGCUCCCAAGUUCCCCACACCAGUGAAUCUGAUGUUCCUCAUGUCAUACUGGUGUGUGAAUCGCUCCACCUCAGAAGGGGCCGAGGCUCUUCAGAUGGCCCUGCACACUCUCCGAAUGAUGGCGCUCGGAGGCAUCCACGACCAUGUGGCGCAGGGUUUUCAUCGUUACUCUACAGAUUCCUCCUGGCAUGUUCCCCACUUUGAAAAGAUGUUGUACGACCAGGCUCAGCUUGCUGUAGCCUACAUAACUGCCUCGCAGGUAUCAGGUGAGCAGCUCUUUGCUGAUGUGGCUAAGGACAUACUGCUCUAUGUCUCCAGAGACCUGAGUGACAAGUCUGGGGGUUUCUACAGUGCAGAGGAUGCAGACUCUGUCCCAGCAUCGGGGGGAUCAGAAAAGCGUGAAGGGGCUUUCUGCGUUUGGACAGCCUCAGAAGUUCGGGAUCUGCUCCCAGAUGUGGUGGAGGGUGCCACUGGAUCUGCCACGCAGGCAGACAUCUUCAUGCACCACUAUGGGGUGAAGGUGCAAGGCAAUGUCGCUCCGGAACAGGACCCCCACGGGGAGCUGCAGGGCCAAAAUGUGCUGAUCGUGCGUUAUUCAGCGGAGUUAACGGCUGCUCACUUUGGCAUCACUGUUGAGAAGGUCAACGAGCUCCUGGCCUCCGCCAGGGCCAAAAUGGCAGAAGUGAGGAAGAGUCGGCCGCGUCCGCACCUGGACACCAAGAUGUUGGCCUCCUGGAAUGGUCUGAUGCUCUCUGCCUACGCUCGUGUUGGAGCUGCGCUGGGGGACAAGGCCCUGCUGGAGAGGGCGGUGCGGGCUGGCAACUUCCUAAAGGAGCACCUGUGGGAUGCUCAGCAGCAGAUCAUCCUCCGAUCCUGUUACUAUGGAGACGAGAUGGAGGUGCAUCAGAUAUCUCCACCUAUCUCAGGCUUCCUGGAUGACUACGCCUUCAUCAUUUGCGGCUUGCUGGACCUGUACGAGGCCACGCUGCAGACGCAGUGGUUGCAGUGGGCCGAGGAGCUGCAGCUCAGGCAGGACGAGCUGUUCUUGGAUGAGCAGGGCGGAGGCUACUUCUGCAGUGACCCCAGUGACAGCACGGUGCUGCUGCAGCUCAAAGAAGAUCAGGACGGAGCUGAGCCCAGUGCUAACUCGGUGUCGGCGUCCAAUCUCCUGCGUCUGUCUAACUACACUGGAAGACAGGAGUGGCUCCAGAGGUCCCAACGGCUACUGGCAGCCUUCUCCGACCGUCUGACCAGGGUCCCCAUAGCACUGCCUGAAAUGGUCCGGGCUCUUAUGGCCCAGCACUACACGCUUAAACAGAUCGUGAUCUGUGGCCAGAAGGAUGCCCCGGACACUACAAGUCUUCUCGCAACAGUCAGCUCCCUCUUCCUACCACAUAAGGUCUUGAUGCUCAUUGAUGACGAUGCAGACAGUUUCCUGUGCCAGCGUCUGCCCGUUCUCUCCUCCAUGUCCCGGCAGGAUGGGGUCGCCACAGCCUACGUCUGCCAGGAUUUUACCUGUUCCCUUCCUGUCACUGACCCCCAGGAACUACGGAGGCUACUGCUGGACGGGACCACAGACACACAGGCAGAAUGACGACUGACUGACUGAUAUUUAACGAGAAGGCCGUGAUCUUCAUAGACUGCACUCUUCUGAACUGUAGCCCUAGCCUAGCUUAUUUUUGCUGUUUUUGGCUAGUGAGUUUGGCUUUGCCAUAACAGAAUGCCAAUGCUUAAGAAGUCAAUACAAUACCUUGGUAGGAAUAGUUCCAGUACCAUGAGGUGAGUGGCGCUUCCGUCCUUCAUUCCAGACCUGUGACACCAGCCUAUUUUUUUAUUAGCAAUACCAGCUAAGUAUUACCUCGUGUAUCAGCUCAAGUUUUUUUUAGCAGGCUUUCAGAGACAGACCCAUAUUGAAAUUCAGGUGUAUAAAGAAAUAUAUGCACAGCAGCAGUAGCAGCCUCCUGUAACUCUGCAGCACUUGAACAAAGUGUCCUGGCCUGACCAUUAGCCCGCAAGUAGACUGCAGACUUUUACUAGACCACAACCUAAGACCGCUCGGAUGAACCGUCCCGAGAAUAAUUCGCAGAUGACCCAGUCUGCAUCGGUGUCCUGUUCUGGCCCUGUGUUCCAGCUCCCACAUUCAUGUCACAUGGAUCUGACAGUGGAGGCCUGCUUGCCUGUGCGUGUUUGUAUGUAAAAAAAGGGUUGGUUUGCAGGUUUGUAUGCACCGAAAUUUCAAAGUUUUAUCACAUGUGCAUUCGGUUUUAUUUGUAGUAGCGUCACAGUGAACGAGCUGCUGUCUUACAAUCUUCAUUUACCAUCUGCUCUCGCCCUCGUUGGCUUGUCUGUUAUAUUGGAUUCAACGUAAGGACUCUUGUCCACCGCUGCAGAGACUUGUGUCUUCACACCUUUUAUCUUGAGGUUUAGACAACAACAAUACACAGCAUGUAUACGCACAACCCUGAGUAAUAAAGAGACUUCCCUUAUAAGCAGUGCAAGGUUCAUGUUUGGAAUGGAUGCUUCUUGGUUUGAAGUUGUUAUUCUCGAGGUUCUCUAUGAGUGGCAUCACUCAAACGCCACUGAAAACAUUGCUUAAUUUAAGAUUCAGGUUGUUUUUUGUUGUUUUGCAUUGAGCUUUAAGACUUCAGGAAUAAAUGACACACUGGA